AUGGGGAAGCUGCGACGGCGGUACAACGUCAAGGGGCGCCAGCAGACCGUCCCCGUCCCUUCGAAGGGCCCCCCUGAGCCGCCCCCUGUGCAGUUGGAACUGGAGGAUAAGGAGACUUUGAAAGGUGUUGAUGCCAGCAAUGCGCUCGUCCUUCCGGGAAAGAAGAAGAAGAAAACCAAAGCCCCUCCCCUGUCGAAGAAGCAGAAGAAACCUCUGACCAAGAAAGAGAAGAAAAUGCUGCAGAAAAUCUUAGAGCAGAAGGAAAAAAAGCGCCAGAGAGCAGAGAUGCUCAAGAAGCUGAGUGAAGUCCAGGUCUCCGAUGCCGAGAUGAAGCUCUUCUACACCACAUCCAAGCUAGGCACCGGAGACCGCAUGUACCACACCAAAGAGGAGCCUGACCAGGCAGUCCCCCAGGGUCCAGAGAAGAUCAGCAGCCUCAGCGGGGCCCGCAGAAAGCGCUGCCGCCAGCAGUCAGAAGAUGAAGAGUCGGAAUCCUCUGAGGCAUCAGUUGAUGAGCAGGCUGAAAGGAGGACACCCACAGUGUGCCUUCCAACAGCUCUGCCAAAGAGCCCAGUGCCCAGCUGUCCACCCCCGCUGGCUGGACCUUCCACCGGUGCCUCUCCUGCUCCUCCAGCAGCCACCCCUACUCCAGCCAGGCCCUUGAUGAAGCCCGCUGUCUUUGUUCCUGUGAACCGCACCCCUGACAUGCAGGAAGAGCGACUGAAGCUACCAAUUCUUGCAGAAGAGCAAGUGAUCAUGGAAGCUGUGGCCGAAAACCCCAUUGUCAUCGUGUGUGGAGAGACCGGCAGUGGCAAGACCACCCAGGUGCCCCAGUUCCUCUACGAAGCCGGCUAUAGCAGCGACGGCAGCAUCAUCGGGGUCACAGAGCCGCGCCGUGUGGCCGCCAUGACCAUGUCCCAGCGAGUGGCCAAGGAGAUGAACUUGUCGCAGCGGGUUGUCUCUUAUCAGAUCCGAUACGAAGGCAACGUGACUGAGGACACCAGAAUCAAGUUCAUGACAGACGGCGUGCUCCUCAAAGAAAUCCAGAAGGACUUCCUGCUGCAAAAAUACAAGGUGGUGAUCAUCGACGAAGCCCACGAGAGGAGCGUGUAUACUGACAUUCUCAUCGGACUCCUGUCCCGCAUCGUAAUCCUCCGGAAAAAGAAGCAUCUUCCGCUGAAACUCCUCAUCAUGUCGGCCACACUGCGGGUGGAGGACUUUACCCAGAACCAGCGACUCUUCGCCACGCCGCCCCCAGUCAUCAAGGUAGACUCCAGACAGUUCCCGGUGACAGUGCAUUUUAACAAGCGGACCCCGCUGGAAGACUACAGUGGCGAGUGCUUCCGGAAGAUCUGCAAGAUCCACCGGAUGCUGCCCGCAGGCGGCAUCCUGGUGUUCUUAACGGGGCAGGCAGAGGUGCAUGCGCUAUGCCGCAGACUCAGGCGGACAUUUCCCCGCACCAGACAUGGGCCGCAAGAAGAAGAAGAUCAGAAGGACUCUGUGGAAGAAACACGGAAGUUUAAGAAGUCACGGGCAAGGGCCAAGAAAGCUCAGGCCGUGACGUUGCCUCAGAUUAACUUGGAUAACUACUCAGUGUUGCCAGUGGACGAAGGUGAUGAGGACAGGGAGGCAGAGAUGGACGAGGAGGAGGAGGCCCUGGGCUCUGACCUGGAUCUUGACUUGGGGGACGAGGGGGCAGAUGAAGGUGAGCAGCCGGACACCUCCCUCCCGCUCCACGUGCUACCACUCUAUUCCUUGCUGGCCCCCGAGAAACAAGCACAGGUCUUCCAGCCUCCCCCAGUGGGGACUCGGCUGUGUGUUGUAGCCACCAACGUGGCCGAGACCUCCCUCACCAUCCCCGGCAUCAAGUAUGUGGUGGACUGUGGGAAGGUCAAGAAGCGCUACUAUGACCGCGUCACUAGUGUGUCCUCCUUCCGCAUCAGUUGGGUCUCCCAGGCGUCGGCUGAUCAGCGGGCGGGCCGAGCUGGACGGACAGAACCCGGCCAUUGCUACAGGUUGUACUCAUCUGCCGUUUUUGGUGACUUUGAGCCGUUCCCUCCUCCUGAAAUCACCAGGAGGCCCGUUGAAGACUUGAUCCUUCAGAUGAAAGCCCUCAACAUUGAGAAGGUCGUCAACUUCCCCUUUCCGACUCCGCCCUCCGUGGAGGCCCUCAUCGCCGCCGAGGAGCUGCUGAUUGCACUGGGGGCCCUCCAGGCGCCCCAGAAAUCAGAGAGGAUGAAGCAGCUGCAGAACUCACGGGUGAGCUGCCCCAUCACCCCAUUGGGCAGGACCAUGGCCACAUUUCCCGUGGCACCACGCUUUGCCAAGAUGCUGGCGCUGAGCCGGCAGCACGGCUGCCUGCCCUACACCAUUACUAUCGUGGCGGCCAUGACGGUUCGCGAGCUGUUCGAGGAGCUGGACAGACCAGCCGCCAGCAAUGAGGAGCUCGCCAUUCUGAAGGGCAAGCGGGCCCGCGUGGCCCAGAUGAAGAGGACCUGGGCUGGCCAUGGGGCCUCUCUCCUGCUUGGAGACCUCAUGGUGCUUCUGGGUGCUGUGGGAGCCUGGGAGUUUGCGGGUGGCUCGCCCCAGUUCUGUGAAGCCAAUGGGCUGCGGUAUAAGGCUAUGAUGGAGAUCCGGCGUCUGCGGGGCCAGCUGACCACCGCAGUCAACGCAGUGUGUCCUGAGGCCGAGCUUUUUGUAGACCCCAAGAUGCAGCCGCCUUCCGAGAGCCAGGUGACCUAUCUACGGCAGAUCGUGGCUGCCGGCCUGGGUGACCACCUGGCCCGCAGGGUCCAGAGCGAGGAGCUGCUCGAGGAGAAGUGGAGGAACGCCUACAAGACACCCCUCCUUGAUGACCCCGUCUUCAUCCACCCCAGUUCUGUCCUCUUUUGGGAGCUCCCCGAGUUUGUGGUCUACCAGGAAGUCGUGGAAACCACCAAGAUGUACAUGAAAGGUGUCUCUGCUGUGGAGGUACAGUGGAUCCCUGUGCUUCUGCCCCCUUAUUGCCAGUUCGGCCCGCCCACUGAUGAGCCGCCUCCCACCUACUGCCCUGAGACAGGACGCGUUCUAUGUCACCGCGCCAGCGUGUUCUAUCGCGUCGGCUGGCCACUCCCCGAGGUGCAGGUGGACUUCCCUGAGGGCAUCGACCGCUACAAACACUUCGCCCGGUUUCUACUGGAAGGGCAGGUCUUCCACAAGCUGGCUUCAUACCAAAACUGCCUUCUGUCCCGUCCCUGCACGAUGCUGAAGACGUGGGCCAGGCUGCAGCCCAGGACAGAGACUCUCCUGAAGGCCCUUGUCGCUGAGAAAGCAGACUGCCGUGACGCCUUGCUGGCCGCUUGGAGGAGAACCCCCAAAUAUCUUCUGGCAGAGUACUGUGAGUGGCUCCCACAAGCUCUGCACCCCGACGUGGAAAAAGCGUGGCCCCCUGCCUCUGACCGCUGA